UGGGCUCCGGGAGCCACUUCCGGCGGCGGCUCCGUAGCCCGCUCCAGGCUCGUGCGGCCCCGGGCCCGUUUCUAACCCCUGAUGUCCCCUCGGUCGCGCCGGCGGGACCUCUUUUCGGUCUCCAGGAACCGAGCAGAGGCCGGGAAGGCCUGUCCCGUGCCGUCUCCCGCAGAGCGUCCUGCACUGAGGUGGUAAAAUGUGCUGCGAGAAGUGGAGCCGCGUGGCUGAGAUGUUUCUCUUCAUUGAAGACCUAGAAGAGGAUUAUAAGAUUCUUUGCCUCUGCUCCAGGGCAUUUGUGGAAGAUCGAAAAUUGUGCAAUUUGGGAUUAAAAGGCUACUAUGUCAAAGGCAAUGGCGACAAUGCAGGAGAUCAAGCUACAGAAGAGGAGGAAGGCGGCACUGCAGAGUCACAUGACAGUAAAGGCUUAGGCCUAGAUGAAAGUGAACUUGAUUCUGAAGCUGAACUCAUGAGAAGUAUGGGACUACCACUUCAGUUUGGUGGGAUAUCUGCACAUAAGAAUUUUGAGGUGUCUAUGAAUACUAGAAAUAAAGUUAAAAUAAAAAAGAAAAAGAAAAAACAUCAAAAAAAGUACUUAGAUGAAAUUAUGAGAGAAUCUUGGAGACAAGAAUAUGAAGAAGAUGACAUUUUGGCUUCAGAUGAUCCAUCUUCAGUUGAACAGUAUAAGAGCACCAAAACAUGUAAACUUCAAACCAAAAAAGACAUUGAAACUGAAAAUGUUCCUGUUGAAAAUACAUUAUCUCCAAAGCUAGAAAUCACAGAAAAAUGGGAAAAGUAUUGGAAUGAAUAUGGUGGAGGACUAUUAUGGCAAAGCUGGCAAGAAAAACAUUCAGAUCAGAUACUAUGUUCUGAACCUUGGAACAGUCCUGAUACAAAGGAGGAAUGGGAACAACAUUAUAGUCAACUUUAUUGGUAUUAUUUGGAACAAUUUCAGUAUUGGGAAGCUCAGGGUUGGACUUUUGAGCCCUCACAAACCUGUGAACCAGAUACUUGUGGGUCUAAAAUAGAAGUUGACAAUGAGAAAGAUGAGAAUUGCAUGAUAGCAGACUUAAUGUCUUCUCCAUCUCCAUCUGUUACAAUUGAUAGUGAAAGCUCUAGUUCAAGUGAUAAAGAGCAUAAUGAAAUCCUUGGUGGAAUUAGUAAUAUAAGUUUGAAUUCAGAGGAAGUGGAACAGAGCCAGUUAGAUUCUUCAGUAAGUUGUGAUGGACGUCAGUGGCUAAGUGAAGUCAGCAGCAGCAGAGAAUGCCCUGCUUCUGGCCAGAGUGAACCAUGUAAUGGAGGAACCAAGGACAGCAGCUUGUCUGGGAACAGAAGCACAAACCAACCAGCUCAGGAUUCACAGGACUCUUCAGAAGCAAAUACAAUCAAAGAAAGACCACAUCCCAACAGUAUUGAUGGAGAUGAGAGUGAAGAAGAUCCACCUGAACGUAAGCCAAGCAAACUCAAGAGGAGCCACGAACUGGACAUUGAUGAAAACCCAGAUUCAGACUUUGAUGACAGUGGUUCCCUUCUAGGAUUCAAGCAUGGCUCAGGACAAAAAUACGGAGGAAUUUCAAAUUUCAGUCAUCGGCAGGUCAGAUACCUACAGAAGAAUGUGAAGUAUAAGUCAAAGUUCCUGGACAUGAGAAGACAAAUAAGUAUGAAAAACAAACACAUUUUCUUUACUGAAGAAUCAGAAAAAACGUUCAAAAAAAGCAAAACUUUGACUAAGGUAGAAAAAUUCCUAAAAUGGAUUAAUGAACCAAUGGCGGAGGAAGCACAACAGGAGUCAGUUUCUCAUGACAAUGUGCAAGACACCUGCACAAGCAGUGAUUCAGAGGAACAAGAAAUGUCUGUUAAAAAAGGUGAUGACCCACUGGAGACAAGUAAUCCAGAGCCUGAAAAGUGUCAUGCUAUGUCUUCAGCUGAUGAACUUGAAACAAAAAAAAAUGAAGGAGACAGCACAGUAGUAGCUAUUACAGAUAAGGAAGAUGGUGUUACUCAGAUUACACCAGAUUCUCUUCAGGUAGAAACUGAAGCAGAAAGUAAAAAGAAGAAGAAGAAGAAAAAAAACAAGAACAAAAAGGUAAUUGGUCUGCCUCCUGAGAUAGCUGCUGUUCCUGAGCUGGCAAAAUACUGGGCCCAGAGAUACAGGCUCUUCUCCCGUUUUGAUGAUGGGAUUAAAUUGGACAGAGAGGGCUGGUUUUCAGUUACUCCUGAGAAGAUUGCUGAACACAUUGCUGGCCGGGUGAGCCAGUCCUUCAAGUGUGACAUUGUAGUAGAUGCAUUUUGUGGAGUUGGAGGAAAUACUAUUCAGUUUGCCUUAACAGGAAAGAGAGUGAUUGCCAUUGAUAUUGAUCCUGUGAAGAUUGAUCUUGCUCGCAAUAAUGCAGAAGUUUAUGGAGUAGCAGACAAGAUAGAAUUCAUCUGUGGAGAUUUCCUCCUGCUGGCUUCACAUUUAAAGGCUGAUGUUGUGUUUCUUAGCCCCCCUUGGGGAGGACCAGACUAUGCUACUGCGGAGACCUUUGACAUCAGGACCAUGAUGUCUCCUGAUGGCUUUGAAAUCUUCAGGCUUUCCCGGAAGAUCACUAAUAAUAUUGUUUAUUUUCUUCCAAGAAAUGCUGAUAUUGACCAGAGAGAGAACACAAGCAGGGGGAGAGAGAGAGAGAAUCUCAAGCAGACUCCUGUCUGAGUGCAGAACCUGAUGCGGGACUCAGUCUCACGACCCUGAGAUCAUGACCUGAGCCGAAAUCAAGAGUUGGCCGCUUCACCAACUGAGCCACUCAGGCGCCCUGAGAGCAGAAUUUCUAAGUUCUUGUUUUCUUUCUUCCUGUCUUAGCUUCUCACAAGCACAAGCACUUCCCUCCUGCCCUAGGCAGAGGCACUCCCCUUCAUCCUGCACACACACAUUCAGACCAUCCUGGGUCUCCAGAGGUUUCUUUUGUUUGGUUUCCCUCUGUUGUGUCAGCAUCUUCCUAGGGCUUUGGUCAUGGGGACGUAAGUAACAAUGCAACCUUCUCAUUAAAAAGGUGGAGAUUAAAUGUCUGGCUCUCUCAUUGUGAUGACCUCAGGAAAGGCUCUAAUGAUCUCGAACGAAAACUGGACUUUAAAGAAGCUUCGAUUAUAGGAGUUGAGAAGGUGGCAAGAGCACCAGUGAUAUGAAAGUGAGCAUAUGUGAAUAAUGUUCAGUUAAUGGGCUCAAAACGAGAGAGAGAGAGAUAUUAAGAGUCUAACAGACCUAGUUGAGUCUCAGCCCUGCCACUUACUAGCUGUCUGGCGACAGUUCUGAGGCAUAAAUGAGUAUGUGGAUACUCAGUACCUCUAGCCCAUAAACUCUCAAUAAAGUCCCGUGUAUGUGACUUUGAAGAUCCUGUUACAAAGUUUUUGUGAGAAGAAUGUAAAUGUUACUAACACUUUGAAGAGGGCCAGUAUGGAAAGAUGACAUCUUUUCUCUAGAGGAUAGAAUAGAAGGUUUUAUAUUUAUGAAAUGAUAGAAUCCCAGAUAAUAUAUUUUUCUCUUUCUCUUAUCAGAAACAUAUACUCGCUUGAAAGGACAUAUUCUUGUAUCAGUUUGUCGCACUCUCCCGAUCUUGGCUUAUUUCCUUGGUCUUUGGGACACUGGCUCUCAGCUUUGGCUGCUAAUUGGAAUUGCCUGAGUGGCUUUUUUUUUAAUUGUG